AUGAAGAGCGCGAGCCAGCAUUGAAAGACUUUCCUAAAUCUUGUUUAAAUCUAAAAGUUAAAUUUAAAAAAAUUUCAACGAAGGCGGUCGUGGAGCGCGGAAGUUUUCGUCGAAUCAAAACAGAAAAACGAUUUUCCAGUGGCGUACAGCGACAGCAAGCACGGAAUUUACCCACAAGAAGAAACAUUGGAAAAAAAUAAACCAACACGGAAACCAACCAGAAAACCACCUGAAAUUCAACCGAAAGGAAAAAGCAUUGUAUACAUCCUGUUUCGAAGAUUGUCACCGAGAUUGGAAAGAAUUUUUUUGCCCCUGCAUUUAUAUAUAUCAUUUGGCUUUAUGUGGCCUGAUUUGGGGGCCACCAUCAGCGAGCAGAACUAGCGAACGUUCCAAAGAUGGCACCCCGGCUGGCGGUGAUCUUGGGCCUAACGGUGGCGGUGGCCUUCGUCGCCGGCCUGCCCAUCACAUCCCGGCCAAUUGAGGGCAAUGCCCAGCGCAUGGCCUGGGAGGAUUGGAUUAACUUGGACCCGGUCCAGCGGACCCUCGAGAAGGAGAAGAAGGUUACGGCCAAAUCGAUAUUCACCCUGCCCUAUCGCAACUGUCCACCCAACCAUAAACUCUUCAAGGACACCUGCAUCCUGAUCAGUCAAAUCGACAACACGGAUGUGCUCAAGCAAGAGCUCAUCCUGGCCGGCGGAGUGGGUGUCAAACCCAUUUUGGACUAUGAUUAUGACAGUGACAGUGAAGGGGACUCUAGCGGUGAGUCUCAGUAUGAUUUGUCAGAGAUACAGCCACAGCCACAGCCACAGCCACAGCAGCAGCAACAGCAACAGCAGAAGCAGCAACAUCAGCUGGAUCAGCAUCAGCCCUUUCCCCUACACAUAGGCGGCUUGGGGGGUGGUGGCACCGAAGACCAGGCUCUGCCCAGCGAAAAUGCACCCUUAAAGUUUAAUAUAUUUGAAAAGUUCCCCACGGGCACCGGUGAGCCCGAGGUGGAGGUGGAGCUGGACCUGGACCAGGACAUGCUGGCCAGCAGUGCGAACUCGACCACAACCUCUGCCACCACCACCACAUCCACUUCCACAGAGGCAACAGCAACACCACCUGCCAAUCGCAUAGCUGGCGGGGAUUUGCUGGCAGCUCCCAGCAAUGCCCUGUCCACAACCACAACACUCAUGGAGGAGCCCAGCAGCAGCAGCAGCAGCAGCAACACUACCCUGGAAAUUGGCCAGGUGGAGGCCAUUGUUGUGCCCGCGGGUCAGCAGCAGCCGCCGCAGGAAGGUUCAUCAUCCAUGCAACUGGUCACCAGUUCCCUCUUGGAUGCAGAUGUCACCACUACCCAAAAGAAUUUCAAUAUAACCAAGAAUCCCCCAAGCAAUACCAAUCCCAAUGCGGAGGCGGAUCUGGCUCAGCUGCUCAAGGUCGACGCCUUUCUGCCGGCCAGCCCGGAUGCCAGCAUUGAGUUAAUCCCUCCAGUCUUUAGUCAUCGUCGUGUGGCGCCGCCUUUAAGCGCUGUUUUGGAUGUGAAAACCAAGGAGGAGGAACAGGAUUUCAGCGAGGAAGAGCAACUAGAGAUGGAGGAAACCACCACAGAUAUUGUGCCAGCUGAUGAUGAUAAUGAUGAUGAUGAUGAUGAAGAGGAGUGGUCCACCACAGUCACAGUUCCAGUUCCAGUUCCAAACGAGACAACGGUUACCAGCGAUGCGGAGGCGGUCACUGAGACACUGCCUGAGCCAACGGAGGAGGCAAAGAUAGAUGAACAUGAAAAUCAUCGCCUGGUCUUGAUAAAAUCGAAAGUGGAACCUGUUCAGGUGACAACAGCAGCAGCAGCAGCAGCAGCGGCAGCGGCAGCUGAUGACCGGUUUCAUUAUCAGACAAGUCCAGGGGAAGCCACCAGCAGCACAGCAGCCACCCAGCCAACGAUCAGGCAGAACCCAGACAAUGACAAUGAAAAUUUAAUGACAAAUACUAUAGGUGGCCAGGAGAAACACCAAGGGGAUCAAGGGGAGGAGGAUGUGGUGGCCAAAGAAUUAAGGCUCAUCAAUGCCUUGGUAAAAAGUAGCAAAAGAAAGCAGCUAAAACAGCAGCCAGCCACCUCGGAGUUACCUUUAACCACCACCGAGGAAACCCACUCAUCAUCAUCAUCAACAACAGCAGAGUCAGAGGCGGUUUUAGAUACAGCUUUAGCCUCAUCCAGCAGCGUCACAAAUUGGUCAAAGGUGAUGCCGCAAUUAAGCAGUACAAGCGAGGCAGCAGCAGCAGCAGCAACUUCUAGCCUGGCUAAUGAGAGCAGCACUGCAGCAGCAACAACUUCCACUGAAAGCGAAGCAGCAGGAGAAGCUGAAUCAACACCAGAAGCAUCAGCAUCCGCAUCCGCAUCACAUUUAAGUAUUAAUAAUCGUAGGAAUAGUAAAAUAAUUAGAGUAGAAAAAGCUAGCAAAGAGCCAGAAGCAGCAGCAGCAACAGCAUCCCCAGCAGCAGCAGCAGCAACAUCCCCAGCAGCAGCUGCAACCUCCCCAGCAGCAGCUGCAACCUCCCCAAGCGACAACUACACACCUUUUUGGUGGCUGCCAAAUAUAGGAUGGAGCCUGGAGCGGCAAAUGGAUCGAAAUGGCGAGGAUAGAUCGCUGUUGCUUAGGUUUUUUAGCUCCUUUGGAGGCAGGGAAACCCAAAGCCACUAGUAUGUAGCAGCAGCAGCAGCAGCAGCAGCAGCAACUCCCCAGCUCUAACCUAGAGAGCCUUGGUGGCAAAUGUUGUGUGUGUGUAGUCCAGUGUAGUGUGUCGUUUCAAUUGCAGGUUGAAGUUUGUUCACAGUUGCACCUUUUGAUUUCAAAAAGAAUAAUUCCCUUAAUUAUAUUUAUUUUUCCCUUUAUUUUUUUUAUUCCAUUUUUUUUUAUGUGAAAUUGUAAAUAGAAAAUUUAAAUUCAUUUCCAGCAACAACUUUGUGGCUUCUCUUUCUUUAUUUUCAUAUUUUUUUUUGUGUUAUUUAAAAGUGCUGCUUUGUUUUUUUAAGUUGUUGAUUUAAUUUUAAAGCAAAAUAUAGCAUAUUUUUUUUGUAUUUUUUUUUAUAUAUAACAUAAUCUUAUUAUUAAAAAAAAACAAUAGUUUUAUGUGCCUGCUGCUGGCGUUGCGCUGCGAACCGUAGCAAUAUUUAAUUGUGAUUAUUUACGUGUAGAAAUUAGGCUUAAACUAGGCUUAAAUUGAUGUUUAAAAUUGGAAUGUACUCUCCCUUUACAUAUAUAUAUUUUUUUUUUAAAUAAUAUUAGAAUGUGAAGCCCCUCUGUCUCUCUGUGUGUGUAUAUACAAUUACUACUUACUUUACCAUUGUAAAAGCCAUUCAAAUCGAAGCAAUUAUCUUUAAGCGUAAUAUAUAUUUAUGUCUACCUACCUACCUACCGAUCGUAAUGCAUGUACAUAGUUUAAAUACGAAAAAGCCGAGUGCGUUGUCUAUAUUUUGGAAAAUUCAACAACAUCAGUUACAACCCCAAAAACAACCAAAGUUCCAAAUGAAAAACAAAUGCACUAAAAAAAAAAAACGAUGAUUGUUUUUCUCUGCUGCCGGGAGGAACUCUCAUUCAAGCUUAAUGCCGCCUCAGGAACUUGGCCAAAAUUGGUGGGCCAAAAGUGAAACUGAAACUGCAAAACUUCAUAACUCGGGACGGGGGCAGAAAUCCAAAAAGGGAACCAGGCAGUUGCCCUUUUAGGUGUCCAUCCAUUUUGGCAUUUCUUGGACAGAUGAAAGACGGCCUUUGAGUGGCAACUUGGCCAAAAAGGAACUAAGGAGGUGGGAAUCUUCAAAAAGAAAGAGUUAGCUUUGUUUGCAGGUCUUCUUUAAAGAGGAAAAAGUGUGGCGAAAAGGCGAAA